UCGUGUUUGCCAAGCGGCGGUGCGAAAGAGGGAAAGCAUUCUCUCCAUUUUUCUCUCUCUCUCUCUCUUCCUCUCGUGAUUUCUUCUUCGAUCAAGCCUCCAGCCCGCGCGCCACUGCUCCUCGCGCCAUCUCCAUCCGGCUUGAUGAGUAGCAGCUCAAUCGUUGGCCGCGGCAGGGCUCUCUUCCCGGAAUCCGAGCCAUCGACGAGCGCCAGCGUCUGGAAUCCGGAUUUCUCCACGACCAGGGUAUCGUGCUCUACCCUAGCCAGGCGCUCGAUAAUCUGCCAUAUGGCGUCGCCCCCGGCGGAGGAAUGGUGGAAGCAGCAGCCCCAGCAGCAUCGCUCCUCCUCGCCAAUCUCUUGCUUCCCGUCCCAGGUAGCAUCGCAUGGCCCAGCUCUAGCGCCGGAUUUCUUCGAGGAGCGGCCGUUUGAGCUCCAGCACGGGAUUUCCAGCCCCUCCCCCAGUGGAUUCCCGUCCAAAAUCGCUCCACCCGUGGAGAAGGAGCACAGCGCGCAAGAGACCCCGACGAGCAAGGGUAAGAGGAGUGGCGUCCCGGUGUACGUGAUGCUCCCUCUGGAUAGCAUCAACAGUGGGAACAACCAGGUGAAUCGCGCGAGAGCGAUGAAUGCGAGCUUCCAGGCGCUCAAGAGCGCGGGCGUGGAGGGUGUGAUGGUGGAUGUGUGGUGGGGGAUCGUGGAGAAGGAUGGGCCUUGCAACUACAACUGGUCUGGGUACCGGGAGCUCCUGGAGAUGGCCAAGAAGCACGGGCUCAAGGUCCAGGCGGUCAUGUCCUUCCACCAAUGCGGAGGAAAUGUUGGAGACUCUGCCUUCAUCCCUUUGCCGUGGUGGGUCGUCGAGGAGGCAAAGAAUAAUCCGGACAUGGUCUACACGGACCGCUACGGUAAUCGCAACUUCGAGUACCUUUCUCUGGGAUGCGACCACCUUCCGGUGCUCAAAGGAAGAACACCGGUGCAAGCUUACUCGGACUUUAUGAGGAGCUUCAAGGAGUCGUUCAGUGAUAUGUUGGGAGACGUGAUCGUGGAAAUCCAAGUCGGGAUGGGCCCUGCCGGGGAGCUGAGAUAUCCUGGGUAUCCGGAGAGAGAUGGGAUUUGGAAAUUUCCCGGGGUAGGGGAAUUUCAGUGCCAUGACAACUACAUGCUUGCAAGCCUGAAAGCCAGCGCCGAAUCAAUCGGCAAGCCCGACUGGGGGUGCGCUCCCUCGGACGCCGGCCACUACAACCAGUGGCCCGAGGACAGCAUCUUCUUCAAGCGGGACGGGGGCUGGAACACGGACUACGGCAGGUUCUUCCUCGAGUGGUACUCUGGCAAGCUGAUAGAACACGGGGAGUCGGUGCUCACGGCUGCCGAGGGCAUCUUCCGAGGCAGCCCCGUCCGGCUGUCUGCCAAAGUCGCAGGGAUCCACUGGCACUAUGGCACUCGCUCGCACGCGCCAGAGCUCACGGCCGGCUACUACAACACGCGAUUCAGGGAUGGCUAUCUCCCACUGGCCCGGAUGUUUGGAAGGCACGGCGUGACUUUCAACUUUACGUGCUUCGAGAUGCGAGACGUGGAGCAGCCGGCGGCCGCGCAGUGUAGUCCCGAGGGGCUGCUCAAGCAGGUGGUGGCGGCGGCCAAGUCCGCGGGUGUUCCUCUGGCCGGAGAGAACGCGCUGCCGCGUUACGACGAGGGCGCCUAUCACCAGAUCGUGAUGAAGUCGCGGCUCGAGGUGGAGGGCGAGGAGAGUAUGGAGCGGGCGUACGAGCCGAUGUGUUGCUUCACAUUUUUGCGGAUGAACGAGCGGCUGUUUCAUCCGGAGAACUGGAGGAGGUUCGUCCAGUUUGUCAAGGAGAUUGGCGAUGGCAAGGGGAGCUCGUCGUCGCGGGAGCACGAGCACCGGGCCUCGGAGCUGCUGGUGGCGACCAAGCCUUUGAUCCAGGAGGCGGCUGCGGCAUUGGUGUAAGUAGCGGAGGCGCGAUCGAUUUUUUUGCGUUUCUUCGAUCUUCUUUGGGUGGAGAUCUUCUAGAUGAUGACGAUGACGAUGUGAUUUGUGUGGAGCAAGGUGGCCUGAUGCUACUGCUCCAGCUCCAAGCAUUUUGGAGCUUUUCUUGUGGAUAAAUAAGAAGGAAUAGGAAGAAUUGUAAAGGUUUAAAGUUC